GCGCUCAGUGAAAAUGAUUGCAGCUGGUUUUAUUAGAAAUAGAGGACUUAGUUUGCUAAAUAAUCGUUACUACUGCAGUAGGAAAGUGAGAGUUCGGUUUGCUCCAAGUCCCACAGGUCAUUUACAUUUAGGUGGACUCCGCACGGCGCUCUACAAUUAUUUGUUUGCCAAAUUGCACAAAGGUUCUUUUAUCUUAAGGAUCGAGGAUACUGAUCAGACUAGAUUAGUGCCUGGUGCAACAGAGCGUCUUCAAGAGGAUUUAAAGUGGAGCGGAAUAAAAAUCGACGAAGGUCCAGAUAUUGGUGGCAGUUUGGGACCUUACAUUCAAUCGCAUCGAGUAAAAUUAUACAAUGAACAGGUAAAGGUACUACUGAACAAUGGGUCAGCCUAUCAAUGCUUUUGCACUGAUAAGCGUUUGGAUUUGCUCAGGAAAGAAGCAGUUCGCAUGAGGCAAGUGCCAAAGUACGAUAACAGAUGUAGGCAUUUAAGUCAGGAAGAAAUAAAUUUAAGAUUGGAAAGAGGAGAUCGACAUUGUAUUCGAUUUAAAUUGCAAACAGGCUGCGACACUUUUGAAGAUUUGAUCUAUGGUAAUAUAGCUUACGAUGUAGCUUUACAAGAAGGCGAUCCUGUUAUCAUGAAAUCAGACGGUUUUCCAACAUACCAUUUCGCUAAUGUAGUUGACGAUCAUUUUAUGCAGAUAUCGCACGUUCUUCGUGGAAUGGAAUGGCAGAUUUCAACGACCAAACACAUCUUGUUAUACAGGGCAUUUAAUUGGGAACCGCCUAAAUAUGGUCACUUACCUUUACUCUUGAACGCUGAUGGAACUAAAUUAAGUAAACGACAAGGCGAUAUCAAAGUUUCUCAUUAUCGCGAAACUGGUAUCCUGCCAAUGGCUUUAAUUAAUUUCAUUACUAACAGUGGUGGAGGUUUCGAUAAAGACAAAGAAAGAGGUCUUAAACCGAAAUGUUACACCAUGAUGGAACUAGCUCAACAGUUUGAUGUGGAAGAGAUCAAUUCGCAUUCAGGAAAACUUAUGCCUGAAAGGUUACUGGAGUUUAAUAAUUUAGAAAUUGAACGGCAAUUAGGAAUGGAGGACACAAAAAAAAAGUUGAUUGAUCAAGUGAGGGAAAUCGUGAAGGCUAAAUUUCCGAAACACGACGAAUCUACAUUGCAAAUCCGCGACGAGCACAUCGAAACUAUACUGAAAUGGUCUAUUAAUAGAAUUGAUAGACUAACGGAUUUAGUUUCAAGAGAUUUAAUGUUUCUUUGGGUAACACCUGAGCUGAAGCAUUUACACUCUGUCGAUGAGAAACAGAGAAAUGCCAUUGAGAAAUUGAACGCGAGUUUUGAAAAUAAUUGGAAAGCGGAAAAGCAAGAAGUCAAUAACUACCUGAAAGACUUUGCCAAAGAGAAUGGUAUUGCAUUUAGCAACUUCAUGAAAUUAUUAAGGACCAUUUUGAGUGGUUUAAAGGAGGGACCAAGUGUAGCGGAGAUGAUCGAGAUUUUGGGCAAGGACAACACUAGGAACAGGAUAGACUUGUUUUUAAGUAAGAGUAAAUAAAUAGAAUAUAAAUUUAUUAUAAACAAAUUUUAUUGAUAAAAUAUCUCUAUAUAUUACAAUUUCUUGUACACAAAACUACA